AAAUUCAUUUCGAACAAUUAAACCUUCUCAAAUUGUUUCUUUUUAAGAACUAAAAAGAUUUGUACUAAGAUAAUAGUUGACAAAUUGUUCAUUAAAAAAAAAUCUAUAAAGGAUCUGAAUUUUUGAAAAGUUGUUUAAAAAUAAUAAAAGAAGACAAAACAAGAGAAUCCCAGAUUAGGGAAUGUGUUUCAGGGAUGCGUCGGGAACUCCUAGAGAGCAGUGAGGCAGUGUUGGUUUUUCUUUAAAGGGGUUUAAUUAUUUUUGGCUUGACCUUGGCUUUUGGGUUGUAAACCACAAACCGUGGCACCCCUCUUGCACGGCUGCCCAUCUUGCAACUCUGCAAAGUCCUUUUACACCACUACAAGACUCUGGAUUCUCACAAAUAAGGGGGGAGACCUUACUGGAAAAAAGAAGAAUCAGCUGAGACUCAUUGGAGACACAAGGUUGGCAAUAGCAAACGGAUCUUCAAGAGAAAAAGAAGUUCGACAAUGGGUGGUGCUGGCGGUGUUUUGAAGUAAUGUAACUUGCAGUAUGUAGAGAAGAUCUCGAAAGCAAGACAGAUCUCUAAGAUUGAGCUCUAGAGGUUGUAGAGAAACUUAGAACUAAGAGAACAGACAAACAGAGGAAAUGCUUAAUUGGUUAAGCAAGCGUUGUUUAUGCACCCUUGUGCCACGCCCAUGGCUUUUUGUGGGGUUGGGCAAUCCUGGUAACAAGUACGCAGGAACUCGCCACAAUGUGGGCUUUGAGAUGAUUGAUGCAUUUGCUGAGUCGCAGGGGAUUCCUAUGAACACUGCCCAUUCCAAAGCCAUUUUCGGAAAAGGUUUUGUUGGUGAAGUUCCUGUCUUCCUUGCAAAGCCUCAGACUUACAUGAAUCUGAGUGGUGAAUCAACGGGACCACUGGCUGCUUAUUAUAAGCUACCCCUUAGUCAAGUGCUUGUGUUCCAUGAUGACAUGACCUUGCCGUGUGGGGUGCUUCGUCUUUAUGACAAAGGGGGUCAUGGAAGCCACAAAGGGCUGAAGAGUGUGAUCUAUCACUUCAGAGGAAAUAGAGAAUUUCCUAGGCUGAGAAUAGGGAUUGGAAGUCCUCCUGGGCAAAUGGAUCCUAAAGCAUUUUUGCUUCAAAAGUUUAAUUUAACAGCUAGACAACGAAUUGACGAGGCUUUGCAAGAGGGAGUUGAUGCCUUGAAGCUCCUUUUAUAUAAAGGUUUUGCAGAGAGUGCAAAAAGAUUCAACAAAGAACAGAAGUAUAAGCACUUGAGAGUGCAAAACUUACCAGUUUGAUAGGAUUCCCUUUUUCUCUUUAGGUUGCAAUACAUGUGUACAAUUUAGUGAUUGAAAAUUGCCUGAAUUUUGUAACAUUCCAUAUAUAUGUAUGUAUAAAAUUUUCAGUCUU